UUCAAACAGUAUAUUUAUGCUCCUAAAGGGGAUCAGUGGUAUCCAAGAAGGGUUUCUAUCUUUGACAAAUAUCUGUAGAAGAACUUGCUUUAGACUUUAGCAGUUCUGAAGGCGGCUGCUAAAAACACAGCUAAAAAUCAGUCAGUGUUAGUGAAAAGGCACCACCGAAGGGAAGUGUUCUAAGAAGAUACUGUUCUAUAGUUAUGAGUUGCGAGCAAUUCUAUAGAUAUGUUGGAAGAGUUGUUGGUUUUGGAGUCCUUUCGCCUCCUUUUCUUUCUUUUGUUUAGUUUCUUUAGUUAUGAGUUGCUAGCAAUUCUAUAGAUAUGAUUCUGCAGCCUAGCUCUGGUUUUCUAGGUAAACCUUACUGUUAAAGAGUGGAGUUGCGCCAACUUCCGUUCUUCAGAAAGUUUAGAACAACUUUCCUUCUCAAUAUUUCUGGCCUCCCUGUUUCUCUUUUGGAGGAAAAGGUUAAGAGAGGAGGGGGAGGUAUAGCUGACAUCCUGCUUCCAACAACCACGAAUAGGUUGUUUGCAUUUUGAUUUUCUUUUGGGCGAUGAUGGGAAAGGAUGCUGCUGCACAGUUCUUAGCAAUUGGGCUUUGGCCAUUUCUUCUGUAUUAUAUCUCAACGGUCUUAUAUUUAUAUCGUGGACAGCUUUUCAGGAAUCAAGCAAUUGAACCAAUUGGCUCCUGAUGUUUUGGGGAUAACUCUAGUUACUGAAACUGGGCUUAGGGCAUUGAACCAAAGGCUGAUAGCAGUCUAGCAUUCUUCUUCUUCUUUCCUUUUAGUGUUCCUCAAGCCCUUUAUUGUGUCUGUGAACUAGAAUAGUAGCUGCUAUAUGUAGGUCCUUGAUUGACCUUCAUGAAUAGGGGACAAUGGUAGGUUGAAACUCUAUUUUUCAGCAAUUACAAAUUUACAAUCCAGAUGAACUGAAGUCACUGUCAUAGACAGUUACUGCUCUUAGCUGCUCUUCUCCCAGUUUUACUUUGCAAGUUACACUUUCUGUUUGAAAUUUAUGCUCACGUGAGUUUAGGAUCUCAGCUAGUGUUUUGGAUCGUGGAGAGAAUAUACCACUUCAGCUGUCUAAAGCAGCUACAUUAGUGAACAUUUUAGGAAUGUGCUGUUCUGUGCCUUUUUUCCUGUUACAAACACAGGUUUGUUAAGGCCUAACCAUCUUGUUAGGCGAUAAUGAUGAUGCAGAACCUAUCUCUUCAUUGCCUGCCAGGCACUGAAGCCGAAUCUAGCUGAACUUGAAAACUUAUUAAGUACCCAGUUUCUUCUAAGAACUUAUUAUCUCUUACAAUUCUGGCACUACGUAUUAGGUCUAUUAGAAUUAUUGUCUUAGAGUUUUGUCGAUGAACUUAUUAUUUCUUACAAGUUAAACUGCUGAGAAGCAGAGGAUCAAUUAAGGUCAGAUGGAUGUUCCUAUCUAUCCUUUGAGCAAUUGAGCCAGAUCCUUUAGAGAGUGGUAUCAGCUAUUUGGUUCUCGACAUCUAUCCAGCUACUGAGCAAAUGGAGCCGUCCUCGUUUCACAUUUGGCAGAUACUCUCCCUGCCUCCUUUUCAUUGUAAAUGCAGAUUCUAGUGUUGCCAUACUUGCUGGUCAUAGUACAGUGGAAAUCACAUUUAUCUCUUUCCGCUUUCUGAUUCCCCUUUCUAUAACAAUGCGGCUUUUCAGGUCUUGGAUUUCCGGGUGGCAAGUCCAAAUCACUGUACGGAAGAGACGGUCAUCAAGGGAUGACACUUGUAAAGUAUAGCGGGGACAUGUCAGGCUUGAAGGAGGCCGUGCAGCUGUCCGAUCACUUUGCGAUGCAGAAUCAUGGGCGAAUCGCAUGGGAACAUAUACAGCCGGUGGCUUUAGGCAGAGACGACGAUGACAGGAAUCCAAACCUCGUGAAGGUUGACCAUCACAGUGGGGACAAGCAGAGGAUUCUGUACGGGUAUCUUGCCACAGCUGCUGAUCUUCACAGGGUGGAUUUCGAGACACGGAGGAAGGUCACGAUCGAGAGCCUUCGAGAGUACCAGCAAGUCAGUCAUCCUCCUCGAUAACACAAUCAGCUAGAGGUAACAAAGAGCUGCGCUCGUACUUAGACUCAUUGCUUUUCGACACCAGUCUGUAACCUUGUGCUGUCCAUUUGGCCCUGUAGAGAUAGAUGAGGGGAAAAGGCUUCGUAUUGGUCAAUUACGAUAUUUCAUUAUCGUUGGCAGAAUUCGAGGUGGUAUUUAGGAAGGACCAGAUUGCAUAUAGAGAGUUUCAUAUGUAUCUAUCUUCAUUUGAUAAGUGAGCCCCUCUAGUCUAUAUUUAUGCGUUCAGAUUUCAGAAGAUGAGGGCCGCAAAACGGCUGGUGCGUGGUGUCAGUCAGUAUCCUCUGUACCCGGCUUGGUUGCUCCUUACCUUGCACUUGCAGUGACAGUUUCGAGGUUUUCGGGGCGAAAUGAUACCCUAGUACGUUAACAACAUUCUGUAAGAGGUCAUAAAUCUAACAUGUCAUUACAAGAGUCGAUAUGUGAGAACGUUUUGAUGAUUGAUAAUAACGUAUGUGGCAAACUUGUGAAACUUUGUAACUGAGAAUUGUCAAAUCGUAUUGGUUGGUGUAGUGGAAAAGUCAGCAAUAGGAUAUUUUAGGCUGAAAUCGCAGUUCAUCCGAAUUCGUCCAUUACGAUAAGAUAUUUUCUUGGUUAGACCUCCUAUACAGUCAGUCUUGCAACUAUUGGGCGAAGGCACGUUGGAUGGUGUUUGUUAAUUUUGUGAGUGAAUGACAGUGAGUGGUGGUAUGCAGGCAGGCAGGCCCCACCUCCACCCACCCACCCACCAACUUUGUUUCCAUGUUGAUGUGCAUGGCUAUGGAUUGGGAUAGGACUUAGGAGAAUGGAGAUGGAAAGAUUGAGUGGCUGAUAAUAGACUACUUCAAUGUGGAAUUUAGACCGACUAGUAUAGUGAAAAUUGUGUAGUGGCAAGAAAAUAGGGGGGGUAAUGGCAGACAGUGACUAUAAAGAAGUCAUGUGGUUUGGUUUGUAGUAAAACAAAUUCGUUGGUUGUUGCGCAAAUCCAAACAAAGCAAAUGGGCAGUAAUAGUCAGCUACUUGGAUUGGUGAAGGCUGUUUUUGUUUGGUUUUUGUUGCUGCUGUCGACCAUAAUAAAUUUGUCAUUUACUUUUCUUCCUCCUUCCAAGUUGAAGAUCAAAAACCAAACCCACCACCAACAAUAAAAACCCAAUUGUUGAUUUGGUUGGGAAUAGAUAGGGAGUGAUAACGUUUGAACUUAUUUAAGGGCAUGCUGCUUAUUGAACGGUGGUUCGAUGGAGUAAUUUUCAGGAAAGACAACCCUUUUGUCAGUGAUAAAUUAUUUAGUUAAUGGAGUUGGGGGGGAAAAUCAAUAUCACCAUGAAAGGUGCAGGAGUGGGUUCAAUUAUUUGAGCCACCCACUAGAUAGGAGGGGAUGUGAUGCACAGUGCUCUUUAUAAAGAAGCAUAUUUGUACACACAAGUACAACAACUGUUGCAAAAUCAAUCUGCUAGUUUGGUCUUAGCACUACACUAAAAUUAACUUGACAUGAAAAACUUAUUAAAUUUAAAGAGUGAUUGAUGUUUGUAAGACCAAUUUAACCGUGUUACCUCUAUGAAUACCUCCUCGUCGAUCUUCUAAGCAUGCGUGAUAUCACUCCAAAGAGACAGUGCGAGUAUCCCAACCCAUCAAGUAUUGGUGUAGCAUGGCAUCACCCUAGUUGGUUAGUGCACCUCCACCAAGCAUUUAGAUGUCAAGCACAACAUCAUCCCAUCUAAGGAGGUUAGCGUGAGUAGCUCUUACUAAUACCCUACACGUAUGAUGUCACCCUUGAAGGAUAGUGUACAUUCAUCAACCCCGGCCACCCAAGUACAUAGGUGUCAAGCACGAUGAUGAAAAUCGGGAUCUGGGGUGUCGAUAAUCGAGUCAAAUAAUUGUAACCGAGCGGGAUAUUACUAUUAGGGGUUUGGAGGGAUUAGGGAAUAUAAUUAGGGAUUGACAGGGGAAGCCUAGAGAAGAAGAAAGGGAUGGAAGAAGGGUCCAACUAUGGUUGAUGGAAAAGAGGGACGAGAGAAGAAAGUUGGCCAAGUUUCAGAGAGAGAAGCGAGUAGGUCGUUUUAGGGAAAUUCUUUUUUCUGAUUAAACUUACUAAUCCAAUCCACCGUUUACAAUAAUUUCCUUAAACUAAGUAUGUUUAACUCUUAAUGCUAAAGUUUCAAAUGGUGAAAUAACUACCACAAAAUCCCAAAAAUGUAUCACACUAUCCAAAUUAUAGCCAAAUCACCAUAAAUCAUAAAUGAAUAUCCAAACGUGAAAAGUGAUGGAGACCCAACUUUAUCGUUCCCUCCCCUUGAGAGCAACCUUAACUUUAAAAAUGAGUCGGCACCUCCUGAUUUUCCUUCCCUUCCUUGGCAACCAAUUUUUCGGCCUCAUCCUCCCAGCUUUCCACGAAUAGCAUCAGGUGGCCGUCGGUAAACUGGUUUCCCACCAUGUACCUCUCAUUGCAGUUGAAGCAACAACCAUCUAAUGCUAGAAUACCAAAUAAGUUUCAGAAAUACCCCAAAAUGUAUCACAAUCCAAAUAACAACAUGAAUGAAUAUCCAAAUGUAUGUGAAAAGUGAUGGAGGCUUAGGGGUCGUUUGGAAGUUGUGGUUUUUAAAUAGAUGUAUUGUUCUGAAUACAUUUAUAAUAUUAUAUAUGCAUUGGUGAAUUUGAUGCAUUGUAAAAUACAACAUUUGGUAUGUGUGAUUGUGUAUGUCACAUCGGUUAAAAGCUGAGAUACAACAAUUACUUAUUUUGAGUGAUAGAUUCUGUCGCAUCACCGUAACAAUCCAUGUAUUGUGUUUUGCUAAAAAAGAUUCAUUUUAAUCAAUACAAGCAUAGUAACAAUCUCACAAAUUGCAACUUCCAAACAACCCAUUAGUUUUCAUCACAUUACUCAUCCAGUAGGGGUAGGUAUGUCAUAAGUGCACCCUCACUCCAAGUGCAAGUAGUCAAACAUGAUAGGCCUCAUGAGUAUAAUGCAUGGUAAUUACCCAAUAUGGCCAUAACAAUUCUAAGUGUCACACAUGCACACUCUCACAUGGUAGUCCAACCGACUUAUGUGUCAAGCAUGACAUCAUAUCAUACAAUGAGAUCAACUUGGAUAUCACUAAGUCAUCUAGCAUCAGGGUACUUGCCAAAGUGGUCACCUCUGUCUUGCAAUGGUGACCAUAGUCAUCAUGAAGACACCCUAAGCGUGAUACCUCUCGCAUACAUCCUUUAGCUAUAAAACAAUAGAAAUUAAGAUUGAAAAAGGUUUCACAAAACCACAAUUUGACACCUCAUAUCAAAAGUUAUCGUUUCUCUGUAAUCUAGACAUAGUCAUAACAUUUAAGUUGGAGCUCUCACUGAAUCUCCAAUGAAAUAAGAGUAACUUAACUUGUUCUCAUAAAGCCACCACAAUAAUAAAACACCUACAUUUGAGGUUUUCUUCAAGAGGUGUGAAUUGUGUUCUCCCCGAAAAACAUUUGGCAGCUGAGCUUGAGUCCUAGGUGAUGGUCAAACUUGAUUGACUUGAUUUACAGUUUAGUGAUAUUUUUACAAGGUUUAUAGUUUAACGAUGGCUAGGGUGUUAAUGAUUCGAGGCGAGUUGAACUUUGCUAUGGUUUGGGCUCCGUUCGUUACAAUAAUUUCAAAUUCGAGUUAUACUAGGAAAGUUUAACUCGGCUCGUUUACAAACAUAAAAGUUAGAGGUCGGCUAGUCAAAUGAGUUUGACGAGCAGAAAUAAAAUGUAGAUUGUAACUCAAGCUCGAGUUUGAACUCAGCUUAAAAUCACAUUAUGUAGUCUUUCGAGCUUGUAAGCGAGCCUAUCGAGAAUUCGAGAUGGACAUGUCAUUGCUCGAACGCGACUCAUUAAUUGACAAGCUUGUUCAUGAGCCGACUCAAUUAAAGAUGAGUUAAGUGUCGAAUGAAUUUUUCUCGAAUCGAAUACCGACUCAUUCAUCAGUAAAUCGAUUAAUUAACAACCGUGAAGAAUCUUCGUUAUAUACCAAUCAACGUACUAAAAAGGGCUAAGAUUUGAAAGUAGAGUAGAGUGACUCACCAACCCCACUCCCUUUCCCCACUCAAUCAUGUUGCGUUUGACAUUUUAACAGUUUUCUAGUUUACUAGUUACUGUUGCUUACAACACAGUGUGUCCGGCCGAACAUCCUAGUCCUAAUCCUACGCUCUGCACUAAAGCAAGCUCACCAUAUCUCGCAAUUAUCAUGAAUCUAGUAAUAAUAAUAAAGUUAUUUUCCCACCCACUGGAUUGAACAAUAUUAGUGUCUUCAUAAAGUUAGUAAUGAGUUAAUUAGACCAAGCCCUUUGUUACCGUAUAACUAGGGAGAAAGAAAAUUUGCAAAGUGAUCAAAUGCAUGAUUUUCAGUCGAGGCUUUUUUAUGUACUCGGUGCAAUUGCACCGGAUUGUUGAGGGUUAGAAGUAUUUGGAAUUCAUUUAUGUAAGAAAACUCUCUUAUAUUGUAGUACUCUUUUUAUACAACUUUCAACAGAAGUCCAAUAAGACAAACAAUAAUUCGAGAUUCAAAUGAAUUUUGUAGUUUAGGUUAGAGAAUUGGAGACUAUAGUUCACUCAUUAUUGAUACACUACUCAAGUUGACCUGCCUCAUUCUUGACUCUUUUUGCAUGAUUUCAUGUACACUAUGUUUGACAAACAGGGUGGAGUUGCAAAUUCGAUGAGGUGCGAGUUUAGGAGAAAAUUGUAUGAGGUUUAAAUUUGUGGGGGUUAUAAGUGAAGGGGGAAAUUGUUGUUGGGUGAAAAAGUAAACAGUGCCAAUAUGAUAAAAAGUAAGUAAAUAAUAUUAUUAUAAAGUAGGUGUAUUAAAUUUAUAAAAUAUUA